UCAACGGUCUUCUUCAACAGGCAACAUUUGACUUGAACAAAAGACCAACAAUGCUUGGAUCAUCAGAGCAAUCACAGCUUUUUAGGGUUUUAUUAAAACAAAUGAAGGCAAAAAAGGUCAUCGAAGUCGGUGUUUACACUGGUUACAAUACCCUGAGCUUUGCUUUGAGUAUUCCAGACGAUGGUAAGGUUAUUGGUUGUGACAUCACUGAUGAGUAUGUGAAUGCUGUUGGAAAGCAAUUCUUUAAAGAGGUAUUGUCAAUUAUUAUAACAAGUACGGGUGUUUACACUGGUUACAAUACCCUGAGCUUUGCUUUGAGUAUUCCAGMCGAUGGUAAGGUUAUUGGUUGUGACAUCACUGAUGAGUAUGUGAAUGCUGUUGGAAAGCAAUUCUUUAAAGAGGCAGGAGUGGAACAUAAAAUUGAUCUUCGUAUUCAAUCAGCUGUUGAAUCUCUGGAUGAACUGAUUGCCAAUGGAGAAGCAGGAACGUUUGACUUUGCUUUUGUCGACGCUGAUAAAGAAAGCUAUGAUGCAUACUAUGAGAAGUGCUUAGUGUUGGUACGAAAAGGAGGCAUGAUUGCUGUUGACAAUGUAAUUUGGAGUGGUAAGGUUCUUCAAGAUCCUGCAGACAUGGAUGCUGAAACAUUAGCGAUCCAUACAUUGAACCAAAAGAUUCACAAAGAUAGYCGAGUUGAUAUGGCAAUGCUACCGCUCGCUGAUGGUAUGAUCCUAGCAGUAAAACUGUGAAAAAGAACGAAUCCAUGGAUGUGCUUAGCACACUAAUGCUUGAGUAAGAUAGAUAGAAUGGAGAAGGAUCUGUCAUAUGACUUCCAUAAAAAAAUAGAAAUAAUUAUAAUGAGUCAAUCAAUAGAUUAAUUAGUUAAUCAGUA